AUGAUCCGCACCAAGGGCGAGGCCGGCACGGGCAACGUGGUGGAGGCCGUCCGCCACACGCGCGCCGUCAUGGGCGCGAUCCGGCAGCUGCAGACCAUGGACGACGACGAGCUGUACGUCUACGCCAAGGAGAUCCGCGCCCCAGUCGAGCUCGUGCGCCAGACCAAGCACCUCGGCCGCCUGCCCGUCGUGAACUUCGCCGCCGGCGGCGUCGCGACGCCCGCGGACGCGGCGCUCAUGAUGCAGCUCGGCGUGGACGGCGUGUUUGUCGGCAGCGGCAUCUUCAAGAGCGGGGACCCCGCCAAGCGCGCGCGCGCGAUCGUGCAGGCGGUGACGCACUACAACAACCCCAAGGUGCUGGCUGAGGUGUCGUCGGACCUGGGGGAGCCCAUGGUGGGCAUCGACUGCCGCGAGAAGAACUUUGUGUCCUACGCCGGCCGCAGCGAGUAG